AUGUCGACCUUUGGGCAGUUUCUGCGUGUAACGACGUACGGCGAGAGUCACUGUCCCAGCGUGGGAUGCAUUGUCGACAACUUCCCGCCCGGCGUCCCGGUCUCUGAAGAGAUCAUCCAGCCCCAGGUCACUCGCCGUCGCCCCGGCCAAAGCUCCAUCACGACGCCGCGGAAUGAGGCCGACAUUGUGUCCAUCCAGUCCGGAGUGGAGGGCGGCGUCACGCUCGGCACGCCGAUAGCCAUGGUGGUCAAGAACAAGGACUUCCGCCCCGCAGACUACAAGGGCGACACCAUGAAGCAGUAUCCCCGCCCCAGCCACGCCGACUUCACCUACCUUGAAAAGUACGGCGUUCGUGCAUCCUCAGGCGGCGGCCGUUCGAGUGCGCGCGAGACAAUCGGCCGAGUGGCGGCAGGCGCUCUUUGCGAGCACUACCUCAAGCUUGCCCACGGAAUCGAAAUUGUUGCCUGGGUUUCGUCUGUCGGCAACAUCCACCACAUCCCGCCCACCCCCGAGUAUCCUUCCACUCACAACCCCAAGUUUCUCCAGCUGCUGCAGGAGGUUACACGGGAAACCGUUGACAAGACGGUUGUCCGGUGUCCGGACGCGGAAGUGGCUGCCAAGAUGGAGCAGAGCAUUGCCGACUUCCGAGAUCGCCAGGACAGCAUUGGAGGCACAGUGACGUGUGUCAUUCGAAAUGUCCCGACUGGACUUGGCGAGCCCGUGUUUUCCAAGUUGGAGGCCACACUGGCCCACGGCAUGCUUAGCAUUCCGGCCACAAAGGGAUUCGAAAUCGGCUCCGGAUUUGAAGGAACAGAAAUCCCCGGGUCCUCCCACAACGACAUGUUCAUCCGCAACCCCAAUUCUGAUUCGGAUUCCAAGAAUGGAUUUGCGAAGCCAAAGCUCACAACCGCCACCAACAACAGUGGAGGAAUCCAGGGAGGAAUCACAAACGGCGCGCCCAUCUAUUUCCGCGUCGCUUUCAAGCCCCCGGCAACGAUUGGACUGCCUCAGGAGACGGUCACAUUUGAAGGAGAGACUGAUGGGCUUCUAGAGGCCAAGGGCCGUCAUGAUCCCUGUGUUGUUCCCCGCGCUGUUCCAAUCGUCGAGGCCAUGGCUUCAAUUUGCAUUAUGGAUGCUCUUUUGUUGCAAGGCGGCAGAAGGAUGGCGGUGCUUGCGCCAUGA